AUGGAUUUGAGGAAGUGGAUGAUCUCCAACCGCGAGUCGGCGCGGCGGAGCCGCCUCCAGAAGCAUAAGCACAUGGAGGAGCUGAUGGCGCAGGUGGCCAAUCGCGGCCACAUGAUCGGGUUAUCAAGGUGCGCGCUCUUCAGCGGUAGAUUGUCCAACUUCAACAGCAGCGGCGCGCCGGACGCGACGCUGGACAACAGCCUGAUCCCGGAGCUCCGAUCGGUGUGUCCCGUCAACGGCGACGGAAACAACAUGGUGGCGCUCGAAAACAGAUCUAGAGACCCGUUCGACAACAGUUACUUCCGGAAUCUAGUGAACGGGAGAGGAAUUCUGUAG